UAGACAGCGUUACUGUCCAAUGAGAGGGGCCGAAGUACAAGCAACAAUUGUGUAAUGGUCGGGGAAGGAAGGAGGGGUUAUCGUCCAUUUUGUGGAGCUAAUACUGCCAAGCAAAGCGAGGGAGUUUGCGUGGUGGGAAUAAACCAAACAGUGUUUUUGGGAGAGAGGCCGUUUUCACGAUUUUGGCUAAAUCAUGAGUGGAGUAAAUGUGAAGAAAUUAAAGGUCAACGAGCUCAAAGAGGAACUCCAGCGGCGAGGCCUGGACACCCGCGGCUUGAAAGCGGAUCUCGUCGACAGGCUGCAGGCGGCACUCGAGGCCGAGGCCACGGGAGAGGGGGGCGGGCCGCCGGGACCAAUGGAUGAAGCGUGUGUGGGCGGCGAGGAGGCUGAGCACGGAGACGGAGACGGAGCCGGCGAGGGGUACCAGGACGAAGGUGAAGGAGAUGAAGGUGACGAAGACGAUCAAGAGCCAGCGGAGGAAGAGAACGGGGAGCAGGGAGGCAUGCCUGAAGUGGAAGCCUCUGAGAUGGGCUUUGGGAUCGGGACUGACUUUACUUCGGAAGAUUUGAACGAAUCCAACUUGAAGCAGGAUUACGAGCCUGAGCCGCAAGAACCAGAAGGUCAAGAGUUUGUGGAACACGUACAACCAGAAGUUAAAGCAGAAGAGUUUGAGGUGAAGGAGGAGAUGAAGGCUGACGAGGAAGCACAGCAAUACGAAGAUCAUUAUAAGAUUCCAGAGGAGCAGCAGCACCUGCAGCCAGAGCUGACAGAUAAGUGGGAGACCCAGGAGGGUGUGCAGGUUAAGAUGGAUGACAGGCACAUGCCUUAUGGCCGUAAGAGACCCUACGACGAAGGCCGAGGAUUCAGUUACUAUGAACUUCGUGAAGAUAAGAGGUCACGCUCACCCCAGCCCCCAGCAGAGGAGGAAGAGGAAGACUUUGAUGACACUCUGGUGGCCAUUGACACCUACAAUUGUGACCUGCACUUCAAGGUGUCUCGCGACCGGUACAGUGGCUACCCCCUCACUAUCGAGGGCUUCGCCUAUCUGUGGUCGGGCGCCCGGGCCUCUUAUGGCGUCGCCAAAGGCCGUGUCUGCUAUGAGGUCAAGAUUAAUGAGGAGAUCUCGGUAAAGCACCUGCCCAGCAGUGAGCCUGACCCACAUGUCGUGAGAGUUGGCUGGUCCCUGGAUUCCUGCAGCACGCAACUGGGUGAGGAGCCUUUCUCUUUUGGAUAUGGAGGAACAGGCAAGAAAUCCAUGGACUGCAAGUUUGAAGAUUACGGCGAAAGGUUUGGAGAAAAUGACGUCCUUGGUUGUUACAUAGACUUUGAAAGUGGAGAAGAUAUCGAGAUAUGUUUUUCAAAGAAUGGGAAAUGGCUGGAGACAGCAUACUGCAUCAAGAGAGAAGAGCUGGCUGGCCGACCUCUCUUACCGCACGUUCUGGUCAAGAACUGUGCAGUGGAGUUCAACUUUGGCCAGAAAGAAUCUUUCUUCCCUCAACCAGAGGGAUACACCUUUAUCCAGAAUGUUCCAGUAGAGGACAGGGCCAGAGGCACCGUGGGACCUUCCUGCAAAGCUGAAUGUGAGAUACUAAUGAUGGUAGGCCUGCCUGCGUCUGGAAAGACCACCUGGGCGAUGAAGCAUGCAGAAGAGAACCCAGCCAAGAAGUUCAAUAUCCUGGGCACCAAUGCCAUCAUGGACAAGAUGAAGGUGAUGGGUCUUCGGCGUCAGCGGAACUACGCGGGCCGCUGGGACGUCCUAAUCCAACAGGCCACACAGUGUCUAAACCGACUGAUCCAGAUCGCCGCUCGCAAGAAGCGUAACUACAUCCUGGAUCAGACAAAUGUAUAUGGAUCAGCCCAGAGACGAAAAAUGCGUCCUUUUGAAGGUUUUCAACGCAAGGCUAUUGUAAUUUGUCCCACGGACGAGGAUUUAAAAGAGCGAACGUUAAAGCGAACUGAUGAGGAAGGGAAGGAUGUGCCCGAUCAUGCUGUGUUAGAAAUGAAAGCCAACUUUGUGCUCCCGGAGGCCGGCGAGUUUCUCGACGACGUUGCUUUCGUGGAGCUGCAGCGAGAAGAUGCCGACAAGCUGGUGAAGCAGUACAAUGAGGAGGGCCGCAAGGCUGCCCCUCCUCCCGACAAGCGCUACGACAACCGGCAGGGGGGCUUCCGCGGCAGAGGUGGCGGGUACCAGCGCUAUGACAACCGCAGCGGACCCCAGGGAGGCCGCGGUGGCUUCCAGAACCGCGGUGGCACCGGAGGCGGUGGAUUCAGAGGCGGAUAUAACCGUGGAGGGUACAAUCAGAACCGCUGGGGGAAUAAUAACCGUGACAGUGGCUCUGGGGGACGAGGUGGCUACAACCGGAACCAGCAGGCCGGAGGAGGCUACAACCACAGCCGCCAGGCAGCCUACAACAAGGGCAGCAGCACCACUGCCGGUACCUACAGCCAGGCCCAGCCUCAGUCUUACAACCAGGGAUACAGUCAAGGUUACAAUCAGGGCAACUACAGCCAGGGUUACAACUAUGCAAACUACAGUCAGUAUCCUGGAUACAGCCAGAGCUACAGUCAAGCUCCUGCUGCCACCGGACAGACCUAUAGCCAGCAACAGAACUACAAUCAGCAGUACCAGCAGUACGCACAGCAGUGGCAGCAGUAUUACCAGAACCAGAGCCAGUGGAACCAGUACUACGGACAGUACGGAAACUAUGGCAGCUACUCGAACCAAGGCAGCCAGGGAAGCCAGGGGUCACAGGGCGGGUCUCAGUAGCUGUGCGGCAGCUUCUCAUCCUGUCCUGACACAUGGCAGAAAGGUUCCAUCCCUUCCUCGCAAUCUCGUCAGUGGUCUGCGUUGCGGUGUUUGUUCCCCACCAGCCGCCGCCUCCUUCACCUUCGUUUGCAAGCUAUAAUCAGAUUUAUCCCCGCCCUCUUAAAAGUAAUGGAGUUUUGAUUCCUUCCAUUCUCACUGUGCUUUUUAGCUACUUUAGGUCUUUCAUUCAAGUAUACAAACAACUGCGUAAACACACACCUGUUGUAGAUAACAAACUAGGCAUUUUUUUCUUUUAAAAAACAAAAAAAACCCUGCAGUAAUACCACAAUUAGAAAAUAGCAACAGGAUUGUGUUGCUACAACAGUGCAUCUUUGCUCAUUUUAUUUGACUGGCAAUUGCAUGUGUAAUCUUAAGACCAUAUGCUGCUCGUGUGUUAGGCAAGAUGGAAGCAAUGUAGAGAGCAUUUGUUUUAAUAUUUACCUUUGUCAGCUACUAAAGAGUAUAAUGUUUGACAAAAUGGCAUUUUUCUUUUUUUUAUAUGCAUAAGUUUUCACCUGGGAAAAUUUCAAAUGUUUUGCUUUCAUAUCCAUAAUUCUUAGUUUUAUUAAAAUGUAAGUCCGGAAUGGCUAACAUUUUAGUAUGUUUGUGUAACUUGUAUCAAUAUUUUUGUGAUAAAUUUGAAGUGUUUGAAGUGUGGGUUUCCAUUAAUGUACCAUUUUAAAGCUGUUAAUUCUUUCAAAUGAACAUAAUUUCCCCUAUCCUGCAGAUUGUUUUGCCAGUUCGUAGUCAUUAACGAGUUUUGUGCGUGUGUUAAAGACAAAUUUUAUACCAUGUCUGUAAAAUUGUAUGCACGUAUGUAGUUAAAUGUUCAAUCUAAAUUCAGACUUUUUGUAUUUGAGAAUAUAAUUGGAAUACUGCC